AAGGCGGGUCAUAUUGUCAAAACAAUGGAGCUAGCGUGGUAGCUAGAAGGGGCACUGCGGAAGGUUGUGAGAUAAGAAACACAUUUCUUACCAAAGACAGUACUAUUUCCUUUAUUUCAUGCGUUUUACGUUGAACGGAUUCAAAUGGCUUUCAAGACUUACAUAUAUUAUUUUCAUUUAUCCUAAAAAUACAACGUAAGACACGCAUUGCUGUCAACCUUGACAUGCUAACGUUACAUGCAGUUGCAUAAGUAGCCUUAGUUCCUUGGUAGAAAUUCACUGUAUUGUCAACCACCUAACAGCCACGAAGAUGGCUUCUCUCAGAGCAUUGUCGUCCACCAGGGUUGGCACUUUCUUCUACAGGAAAGCACCAAGCUCCACCCAAGUUUUAGCAUCAUGCAGUAUUUGGUGCAGAAGAAAUCUGUAUGGGUCACUCAGAAGACAUAACAGCAUGUCUGCAUGGGUUAUUGACCAAUACGGUACGAAUGAGGUCCUAAGGGUUAGCGAUGAAAUCAUGAUGCCCACCAUAAACCUAGCCAGCGAAGUGCUGAUAAAAGUUGAAGCUGCCAGCCUCAACCCCCUUGACAUCUCGAUGAGGGGUGGUUAUGGAGCUACACUGUUGAAGUUGAGACGUGACCCCAUGUCUGUGAUGCAGAAUGACACCGAGUUCCCGCUGAUCCUGGGCCGUGAUGUUUCUGGUGUAGUGGUGGAAUGCGGCUCCCAGGUCACACAUUUUGCUCCAGGUGAUGAGGUAAAGGUCAACAGCUUAAUGGUGUGGGCAGCAGUACCUCCCUGGAAGCAGGGCAGUCUGGCCGAGUACCUGACCCUCACCGAGUACGAGGUCUCCCACAAACCAAAAUCGCUGAGUCACACAGAAGCCGCCUCCGUCCCUUAUGUCGCCACAACAGCUCUGUCUGCCCUGGUCAAUGCCGCCGGCCUGUGCAGUGACAACUGCUCCGAUAAAAGGGUUCUGAUCACUGGAGGUUCUGGGGGCGUUGGGACCUUCUCCAUCCAGCUCCUCAAGGCUUGGGGGGCCCAUGUGACGGUGACCUGUGCUGGGAACGCAGAGGGGCUGGUGCGAGGCCUGGGAGCGGACGAGGUGGUGGACUACACCGCUGGGGACGUGGCUGCUCAGCUGGAGGCCACAGAGAAGUACGACGUGGUCCUUGACAACGUGGGGGGCGUGGACACGGAGCGGUGGGCCCUGGGCCUGCUGAGGCCCUGGUCGGGGGCCAAGUACGUCACGCUGGUCAGCCCCCUCCUGCACAGCACCGACGCGGCGGGCCUGGUGGAGGGACUGGGGCGCUCCGGCUGCAGCCUGCACAGCAAGGCCCUGCAGAACCUGCUGUCCCGCGGCGUCUUCUACCGCUGGGGCUUCUACGCGCCAGACGGCCCCGCCCUGGAUGAGGUCAGCGCGCUGGUGGACGCCGGGAAGGUAUCUCUCCAUCUCUGUCUCUCCGUCUCCCUCUGUCUCUUUCUCUCUCUCUCUUCCCCUCUAUCUGUCUCUCUGUCUCCCCUCUGUCUCUCGGUCUCCCCUCUGUCUCUCCCUCUUCUUCUCCCUCUCCCUUCUUACUUCCAACUCUUGCAUGUAUUCCUAAAUUGUGUGUUUCUGUUUGAUGGAGGUUCUUCUCUGUGGCCUCCAGCUGAGAAGCCGCGCCCCCUACGGUGUAAUGCACCACCUCGUCCGCUCCCAGGUCCUCUCACCAGCCCCUCCGCGUGUCCAGAGCAGGUCACCGUCACAUGGGCACCCCAGUCCUUGAGGGGCUAACACAGGUCACAGCAGGGGGUGGGGGUGGGGGUGGGGGUGUGGGGAAAGAGCGUCCACCACAUGGCAUGGAUUCCAUGCGUGCUGCUCCACAUGCGACCCAAAGCCGAGCACCAUAUCGGAUUGUGUGUGUGUGUGUUGUGGUGCGUGUGUGAUGAGUCAGGCGAUCGGUAGACGGUGAACGGGGCUUUCAGAGACAAUGCUGUGCUGCCGGUUCUGAGGGGCUUUUAUGCUCUGGCUUACCGCAAGCUGCCCGCCUGGGGGGGUGGGCGGGGGGGGCUGUUUUUUGUUGUUGAUGGCGGGAAGCUAACACACACACACACCCACACACACACACAGUCACUCUGGGUUUUAUCCGCCCUGUGUUUUCGGUCAGAUCGUGUGGAUGGCAUCCAGUAUGAGCUGUACAUUCAUUGUUAAUGUGGAGGGCUGGGCAGGUGAUGGACGCUCUCAUAGGAUUGUCCGGCCUCAUCACAUCUGAGGCUAGAAAUCUCACUCACCCUCUGACUCACUCACUCACUCACUGACUGACUGAAUGUCUCACUCUGGCAUCAGGAAUAGUUUGAAUACGAUGUGUCUCAGAGGGUAGAUUGUGAUGCCUGCACCAGCAGAGCGUGUCGAGGGUUCAAUAGUUUCCCCGUACUUGGUCUCUGUCCGCUGCAUUGUCAACAGCAUAGUCAAUUGGUUUCAGCAGCAGCACAUCCCAGGAGGUUACAAAAUGUUGUUGUUUUUUCAAAAAGUACGGUCAAAUUGGGUUCUGCAGGAUCUAGAGCCAGAGCUCGGCCCGUUGUCAAGCGGUAUCAAAACGCUCUCUCUGCCAAUAUGGCGGAAUUCAGGGGUGAUCUGCUGUCAGGAAUAGUUUGCAGGCAGGGCAUGUACAUCGGAGGGAAGAUAAUGAGGCCUGCACAAGCAGGGAGACCGCCCGCCCAGCCUGGAGGGGGGCUGGAGAGUCCUCAUGAAUAAUUCCUUCAAGGCUUCGGCUUUGAGGCUGUGGCUGAACCAGAAGAUCGUGGAGCCACAGCCUCCUGCUCAGAAUGUUGGAGUUGUUCAGUGUAUCCUGUUCGAGUUACAUUUGCUAACAUGUGUCAUGAUACAAGGGACAGGGUUAGCAUCAGUCCCUGUUGAACGCUACUUGUUGCGUUUGUUGUGUACUGAGGUUCUGCACAAGCUAGCAUGAGCAGCAGCCAGCGCUCAUGCUAUCAGAGCAGGGGAGAGGGGAGGAAAUUGGGGCAAUGGUUUAUUCCCUAUGAAUAGCUUUGACAGGUGUAUAUAUUACCUUUCUUGGACUAUUUCAUUGUUGAUCCAUUGUUUUUCUUGGAUUUGAAUGCUUGUGCAUCGUAACACUCAUAAUAACUGUGACACCUGUGUUUGACCUACAAGGACGCCUUUUGCAAAGGGUGGAUAACAUAUUGAAUGACAAUAAUCUGAGUCCGGGAUCAUCAUAGCUGGCGCAUCGGGUGGUCCUCACUCAGUCUGUCGUGUCUCUUAUCCGUGUUCUGAUGGGUUAGUGUGUUCUUCCCGCCCACAGCUGCUGCCGGUGGUGCAGGCGUGCUUCCCCUUCAGCCAGGUGCCGCAGGCCUUCCAGAGGGUGGAGCAGGGCCACGCCCGGGGCAAGACGGUCAUCAGCGUGGGGGGCCAGCGGGACCCCCUGUCUGAGCAGGAGGAGGGCUGCCCCGUGGAGGACGGGGGCCGCCACGCCCGCGCUCAGACGGCCCACUCUUAGCGGGCAGAGGAUGGGCCAUGUUGCUCUGGAGACGUGAGGCCACGCCGAGCAGGCAGGAUAACAUGUACUUUAUCAACUCCCACAGGGGUUUAA